UUUGGGGUUAGUCGGUUGUCAUAGAGCGCAAGCGCCACACAGUAAAACACAUUACCUGCACCGAGUCCUUUUGCUAAGCUGCAGUCACCCAGAUAAGAUGGGUGCAAGUUUAUUACAGUGUAUGAUCUAUCGUAUUACCAAUAGAAGUUCGUCUAUUCUAAGCAGUGCGCUAAAGGGUCAGAGCAAUCGGGGUUACUUUUAUCGUGGACUGAAGCGAUCGUACAAAGACCUAUGGGCAAUUGCAGAAGAUUUGAUCCCAUCCGUGGCAAUGAAAUAUUACAUUCAGAAGCGGUCUAAGCUCAUCUCUAAAUUUCUUUCAUUUAAAUCGAUAAUAGAGAUGCCGCGAAGCAAGAGGCGCCAUCGUACUCGCAGCCACUCUAGGACUAGGUCACAUUCUGGUGGCUCUCUACAAUACAAACGGAAAAUCCGACGCAUUGACUACGAGAGCUCACAAGGAAAGGGAACCUAUAGGUGACAAGACGGACGGAAGUUUAAGGAUGCCGGUCCUCUACCUCGCCCUCGCUUCUUGGAUUCCAAGCGGCGAACGCAUGCUAAGGUUACGU